AUGUGUUUGGCUCGACACGUAAUACCCGAUGCGGCGGCGGAAAAGUUUCAAAAAAAGAACUUUAAAAUACGUAGAAGAAUCUGUGGCAUAAAGGUUGAACUUGGAACUUUUUUAUUUUUAAUCGUGUCAGCUGCUUUUUUAAAUAGUGCGCGUUCGGAAACUGAUAACGAUGUAUUGACAUUGGAAGAUUUGAAUUUAAAAGAUGAAGAAAUUGCAACAGAUAGACGAAAACCUGCAAACGAACAAGAAAAAGACAUCCUUCUGCUUGAUGCUUUAGGGAGAAGAAAAGGCUCAUAUCACAACUCAUAUGGCACCUCACAAGAAGAAGACUCUAUUAUGGACUUAUUGGGAAAAAUGAUCCCACAAACCUGCCGCUACCGGGGAGCGAGAUAUCCUUGCGGAUUAAGCAUAUCGUGCGUGCUCGGCGGUGGGAAACCGCUCGACCUGUGUUCAGGUGGCAUGAUCUGGGCGUGCUGUGUCGAUCGCGAUACCACCGAGAAGCCCACCGAGAUCGCCCCCAUUGUACAUAAUGCAAGUGAUCUGAUAGAACUCAUCGGUACAUUCCCACACGACAGCUACGACUACCAGACAGACACAAACCAAUUUGAGGAUCCAUUAAUUAUCUAUACAGUCACUAAAAGGCCAAAACCGCAUCAUACUCGACCAAAGCCAAUAACGGACCGGCCUGAGCUGGAUUUAAGUGGACAAAACCGGCCAAAACCGGAUUGGAAUAAACCAAACUAUGAUCAAAAUCAUUAUUUUCACGUGAAGCCCUCGUAUCAUGAAAGCACCACAGCACAUUCAACACCAGAUGACUUUUACACAUCAAACCACUUUCUGGGUGGUGAAAAUAACGCUGAUGGUGAUGAUGAUUAUGUACCAGUUCACAUAAGCGGUCAUAAACCGCAAAAACCUAGUUACCCUGGCUGCGGAGAGCAUUAUACCCGCUCUAAUCGUAUCGUUGGUGGCCAUUCAACGGGCUUCGGCUCUCAUCCCUGGCAGGCUGCUCUCAUCAAGUCGGGCUUCCUGAGCAAGAAACUUGCAUGCGGUGGUGCUCUUAUCUCUGACCGCUGGGUGGUAACGGCAGCUCAUUGUGUAGCAACGACACCAAACUCCCAACUUCGAGUGCGCCUCGGUGAAUGGGACGUAAGAGAUGCUGGUGAGAGGUACUCACAUGAAGAGUUCGCGGUGCAACGAAAAGAGGUGCAUCCAGCUUAUGAGCCAGCAGACUUUAGAAAUGACGUCGCUUUGGUACAACUUGACAGAGGCGUUGUUUUUAAACAGCAUAUUAUACCCGUUUGCUUACCACAAAAGCAGAUGAAAUUAGCCGGGAAGAUAGCUACAGUGGCUGGAUGGGGAAGAACGCGACACGGACAAAGUACUGUACCAUCUGUACUGCAAGAGGUGGAUGUAGAAGUGAUCCCUAACGAGCGGUGCCAGCGUUGGUUUCGAGCGGCGGGAAGAAGAGAGACCAUACACGACGUGUUCCUCUGCGCUGGAUACAAAGAGGGCGGGCGGGACUCGUGCCAAGGCGACUCGGGCGGGCCGCUGACGCUGAAGCUAGAGGGGCGCAGCACGCUCAUCGGCCUUGUGUCGUGGGGCAUCGGCUGCGGCCGCGAGCAUCUGCCCGGCGUCUACACCAACAUACAGAAGUUUGUGCCCUGGAUCGAUAAGCUCAUCUCACCCUAA